AUGACGAGAUGGUCCACCCCUAAGGGUCUCCAAACGUCGAAAGCUUAUGAGUACUUCAGGCCGAAACUAGCGAGGCAGCCUUGGAAAGCAGCUAUUUGGAAGGCUUUUAUCUCAUCGAAGUACUCAUUUAUCUUGUGGCUUGGCUUGCGUGGUAGACUUGCUACGAGGGACAGACUUGGGUUCCUCCAAGAGGAGGAUUUGUGCUCGCUAUGCAUCAACACCAAGGAAUCGGCCAAGCACCUUUUCUUUGAGUGCCCAUUCAACAACUUCGUUUGGUCACGCAUCCGACAUUGGCUUGGCAUUAACCGGACUAUGUCAAUCCUUCAAAGUGCGGUCAAGUGGCUCAAGAAGGAGAAAACAGGUUCCUCCGUGCAGAACAAAGCGCGACACCUCGCUUUGGCAUGCACGGUGUACACACUCUGGAAGCAUCGUAACGAAGUCAUCUUCGAGGGCUCAACGGCCUGUCCCGAGAGGCUCAUUAAUUUAGUCAAGGUUACAUUGUAUAGGGUCCUUUGGACACUUUUUCCACACGGUUUGACUGUUCUUAAUCUUUAG